AUGGCUGCGUCCAUGGCGCGGCGCUUGUGGCCUGCGGUGGUGGUGCGGAGGGUCCGGCCCCAGAAGGAUUGGGUCGGCGGCCAGUGUGGCCAUAGGCUUUUCGCCACGGAGAGACGAAGCCGGAACCUGCUGUACGAGCACGCGCGCGAGGGCUACAGCCAUCUCCCGCAACUGGACAUGGAGCCGCUCUGCGCAUGCCCCGAGGAGGCCGCGCGUGCCCUGGAGCACCGCAAGGGGGAGCUACAGCCUGAGGAUUUGCACGCCAUAGUCUCCACCUGGCAGGAGUUGAGGCAGCUGAGGGAGCAGAUCCAGAGGCUGGAGAAGGAAAAGAGUGCCGUUGCUGAGGCUGUGCGGGCCCUGAUGGUGAACCAGGACAAGAGUCAAGUGCAGCAGGACCCCCAGUAUCAGAGUCUUCGGGCUCAAGGCCGGGACAUCCGGAAGCAGCUGCUUUUUCUCUACCCUAAGGAGACGCAGCUGGAGGAGCGCUUCUACCUGCGUGCUCUACGGCUGCCCAACCAGACCCACCCCGACGUGCCCGUCGGGGAUGAGAGCCAAGCCCGUGUGCUGCACACCGUGGGAGAGAUGCCAGUUUUCUCCUUCCAACCCCGAGGCCACUUGGAAAUUGGGGAGAAGCUCGACAUCAUCCGUCAGAAGCGCCUGUCACACGUGUCCGGCCACCGUUCCUACUACCUUCGUGGGGCUGGCGCCCUCCUGCAGCACGGCCUGGUCAACUUCACACUUAACAAGCUCGUCCGCCGGGGCUUCACCCCCAUGACAGUGCCAGAUCUUCUCCGAGGAGCUGUGUUUGAGGGCUGUGGGAUGACACCCAACGCCACCCCCUCCCAAAUCUACAACAUCGACCCCUCUCGCUUUGAAGACCUCAACCUGGCUGGGACAGCAGAGGUGGGGCUUGCAGGCUACUUCAUGGACCACUCCGUGGCCUUCCAGGACCUGCCAGUCAGGAUGGUCUGUUCCAGCACCUGCUACCGGGCAGAGACGCACACGGGGAAAGAGCCCUGGGGCCUGUACCGUGUCCAUCAUUUCACCAAGGUGGAGAUGUUUGGGGUGACAGGCCCUGGGCUGGAACAGAGCUCGGCGUUGCUGGAUGAGUUUCUGUCUCUGCAGAUGGAGUUGCUGACAGAGCUGGGCCUUCACUUCCGGGUCCUGGACAUGCCGACUCAGGAGCUGGGCCUCCCGGCCUACCGCAAGUAUGACAUCGAGGCCUGGAUGCCAGGCCGCAGAAGCUUUGGCGAGGUCACCAGCGCCUCCAACUGCACAGACUUCCAGAGCCGCCGCCUGCACAUCAUGUUUCAGACAGAAGCAGGGGAGCUGGACUUCGCCCACACGGUGAACGCCACAGCCUGCGCGGUACCCCGUGUCCUCAUCGCACUCCUGGAGAGCAACCAGCAGAAAGAUGGCUCCGUGCUGGUACCCCCAGUACUGCAGCCCUAUGUGGGCACCGAGCGGAUCACCGCCCCCACCCAUGUGCCUCUUCGCUACAUCGGCCCCAACCAGCCGCAGAAGCCCAGGAGCUAAGGAGAGAACCAUCGGUGGCCACUGCUGGCCGGAGCUCCUAGAUUUCGGCCCCCAG